UUGGCCAAACCCGGAAGUGAAGAUGGCGACCGCCUACGAGAGGUUCAAUCUGCACGCAACACCUGAGAAGUUCUACAUUGAGGCCUGUGAUGAUGGUGCUAAAGAUGUGCUGGUUAUUGAUCGGGUGUCCACCGAGAUGACCCUCGCAGGUGUGAAGGACAUCCCCCCCUCUGGCGUAACUAGACCCAUUUGUGGAAUCAUGGGAACUACACGUCUGGUGGCUGGUAUGUACCUCAUAGUCAUCACCAGGAAGAGGAAAGUGGGCGACCUUUUUGGCCACACUGUGUGGAAAGCGCUGGAGUUUGAUGUGAUUUCUUAUAAGAAGACCAUCUUGCACCUCACAGAUAUUCAGAUGCAAGAUAACAAGACGUUUCUGGCUAUGAUUAACAACGUCCUCAACACGGAUGGCUUCUACUUCUGCACAGACUAUGACCUGACACACACCCAGCAGCGGCUGUCCAACACCAGCCCGGAUUUUCAGGAGAUGAGCCUGCUGGAGAGGGCAGAUCAGAGGUUUAUGUGGAAUGGAAACCUUUUAAGGGAAAUCGUUGAACAGCCUGAGCUCCACAAAUUUGCAUUUCCUGUCAUCCACGGAUUUAUUGUGAUGAAGCCAUGCUGCAUCAAUGGAAAGGUCUUUGAAUGGAUUCUCAUCUCUAGACGGAGCUGUUUCAGAGCUGGGGUGCGUUAUUACGUCAGAGGAAUUGACUCUGAGGGACAUGCUGCUAACUUUGUCGAGACUGAACAGAUAGUCCAGUACAGUAAUGCCCGGGCAUCAUUUGUGCAGACGCGAGGCUCUAUGCCCUUCUAUUGGUCCCAGAGACCCAACCUGAAGUACAAACCCAAGCCGCAGAUCCGCACAGACACAAAUCACAUGGAUGGAUUCCGGAGGCAUUUUGAGUCCCAGGUUCUCAUUUAUGGGAAACAAGUGAUUCUGAAUUUGGUAAAUCAGAAGGGAUCUGAAUUACCCCUUGAACAGACCUUCGCCAAAAUGGUCAACAGCGUGGAAGACGGAAUGAUCAAGUACAUAGCUUUUGACUUUCACAAAGAAUGCAGUAAAAUGAGAUGGCAUCGCCUCCAGAUUUUGGUCGACACUGUGGCCGGCAUGCAAGAUGAGUUUGGGUACUUUAUGCUGGGGUCAGACGGGAAGGUGAUGUCAGAACAGUCCGGAACAUUCCGCAGUAACUGUAUGGACUGCUUAGAUCGCACCAACGUCAUUCAGAGCCUGCUGGCCAGGUGUUCCCUACAGAACCAACUACAGAGGAUGGGCGUCCUCCAUGUUGGCCAGAAGAUCGAGGAGCAAGCAGAUUUUGAGAAAAUCUAUAGGAACGCGUGGGCGGACAACGCCAACGCCUGUGCGAAACAAUAUGCAGGAACAGGAGCACUGAAAACCGACUUCACCAGGACUGGCAAGAGAACUCAAUGGGGCUUGGUAAUGGACGGCUGGAACUCAAUGAUCCGCUACUACAAGAACAAUUUCUCAGAUGGGUUCAGACAAGACUCUAUUGAUCUCUUCCUUGGAAACUAUACGGUGGAUGAAACCGAUGAGCUGGUGGCUAUGCACAUGCAGAAGGAUUGGAAGUUCCUCACGCUUCCCGUUAUUAUGGUGGUGGCUUUCUCUAUGUGUAUCAUCUGUCUUCUAACGCCAGGUGACACUUGGACCGAGACCCUGGCGUACGUGUUUUUCUGGGGCGUGGCCAGUGCCGUCACAGCUGCUGUCAUUAUUGUCAAUGGACGAGAGUUUGUGGACGCUCCCAAACUGGUCCAAAAGGAAAAAAUGGAUUGAAUGAGACCUCUUCUCCCUUCUCCCCUUCAAAUCUCCUCCUCAGUUUCCUCUCAAAUGCAUCAGGCUUGGAGUUUAUACUGACCUGCUCUUCACACUGUUCUUUAACCUCUGUAGACCAAGAAUUCAUAUGCCGCAUGGUCAAGCACUACAAAUUUCCUUAAAAUCAUGGGACAGAGUGACCAACUUUCAUGAAAAUUCCUUAAACUUUACAUUGUAGUUGCAUCAGUUCAGAAUUUCACAUGGGUUUCACAUGAUCUCAGGCCAGUUAAAGGGACAGUUCGUCUCAACAUUCUAUUAACAUUUAUUCGCUCUCACGUCAUUUAAAGCAUGUGUAUGACUCUUUCUUGUGUGGAACACAAAGUAAGAUAUUUUGAAAAAUGUGUCCGUGGUUUCGGGUCCAUGCAGUGGAAGUCAAUAUGGUUUAAUGUAGUUGGUUACCAACAUUGUUCAAAAUAUCUUGUUUUGUGUUGUGCAGAAGAAAAGAAAGUUAUACAGGUUUGAAAUGAAACGAGGUUGAGGAAAUGAUUCUGAGAGAAUUUUCGUUUUGGGGUGAACUUCCCUUUAAGUGUAUAGUGGAAGUUGGAUCUUAUUUCAAUCAUAUUGUUUCUUCUUAAUGAUCUCAGUUAGCAUUUUGGUUUAGAUUUUUGGCUUUAUUAUAUUCAACACUUAAUUAUGUCCAUACCGUCUGAGUCUAUCGUGACACAUUAUUCAAAGAUCCAUUCAAAUUAGAUUGUGACACGAGCAAAAGUUAUAUGAGACAGUACACAGUGGAUUCAGUCUAUGAAUCUGUCCGCUCAAAUCUGCCAUACCUGUGUUUAUUUUUUGUUCUUUGCAGUGGCAGUCUGGGUUUUAAUGUAGUUGCCUUUUUUUCCUGCCAGCGUAUUUAUGGUUUUGUUCUCUCGUAUAUUAUGAUAUUGGACAGCUAGGGAGCCACAAGGAGAGGGGGGAAGUUUUAAGCACUGUUUCUUCGUAAGUUUACAGACAGCUGUGUGAACAGAACUUUUCUGUCUAGCCACUUCACGUCUCUUCAUGGACCAAUAAACACUAAAAGAAAGACGUAAACUCACUCUUUAAUGGCUUUUUGACCUUUUUUUCUAAGUUACCAGCACAGUGCAGUUCAUUAGACAGAAAUAGACUUUGUUAAUGGCUUAUUUCAGAAUAUCUGUCAAUUUGACUUGCACUUUUAAUUCACCUGUACUGACAAAUGGGACCGUAUAUUUGCAUCCGAUUAAAUCAUUUAGACAACUUUAUAACAUCAGAAGAAAUUCAAAGCAUAUAAGUCAUUUUCAGCUGUUUUUUUUAUCUUCACUUUUAUGAAGGUGUAUUUUAUAAUGGCUUACCAUUAAACCUUUCUCGUCUUUUAACAGAGUAACACGGUUGUUUUCGGAGGUGUUUUUGGGAGGGGCAUUUUUGUUCUUUCUUUUUGCUUAGUGGGUUUGUGAAUUCUUGUGAAGUCUUCCGUUUUUGAAUUUCUUACUACCAUUGAAACUGGAAAUUUCAGGAAAUGUUUAGAAGAGUAAUUUUGGAUUCUUAUUUGUGCUUUUUAAUCAUCUAUAAAUGAAAAUGAAUGUCGUAUAGUAAGGUAUAGGAGACCAAUCUCUACAUGAAACAAUAAUAUCGAAUUCCAAACAUUUAUUCUUUUAUUUUGUGGAAGGGUGCAGAAAUUAUACUGUUUAGCAAAAUUGAUGCUCAACACUCUGAUGUUAUAGAUCAUUCGAUUCUGUUUGUUUAAUUGUAAAUCUGAUGUGAAAAAUGUACAUUGGGAAGAAAUUAAGAAUAUAUAAAUAUGAAUGUUAUUGUAAUAAUGUACUUUACAGUGCCGUUUACAAUAGCAUACUUUGGCACUUUUGAGGAGGAUGUUGUCAUAAUCAUAUUUUUUCAUCACAGGGUUCAAUGAAGAUGGUCUUUAUUUUCUUGAUUUACGAAGCUCUUGUACUAGCAGAGUGCACUCAGUUUGAUGUGUGAUAUAUGGCAUAUGAUCAAUUUUAAUUGUGUUUUUGGACUUGAUCCUGACAGUGUUUUAAAUCAUGUCUACUUCUCCCUCUUCCUGUUAAUUUAUAAGAGUAUAUCUUAGCAUUCCAGCGAGACAUUUGAUUCCUUAUGGUCAGCUUGUAAAGGGGUCAUUGUGAAUUCCCAGUAGAGAACAGUAUACACAUCCAUGAUUCAAAUAGUCCUCUAACACUGUGUUCUAGGUCAGUUACAAAAAUGCAUAUAUCAUUUGGGUUAAAGUCAUUGGGAUGCCAAGUGGCAACUGUGGAAUAAAUGGUAUCAAUGAACAAAGUGUUAUUUGUUUAUUUUAUUUUCACAAUAACGACUAUUAACACUAAACAAUGGGGAAAUUUUAUAUGUAUCACUAAUUAUGUGAGCUUGAUACUUAUGAUAUAUAC